AUGACAGUGCUGUCUUCCAGCCCCUGUUACAAUUCUGCCAACACAGAGACAAGAGGAAGCAAGAGCAGUUUCUGCUCAAGUAAGGACUCUGAGAUUGGGAGCAAAGCUGAAUGUCAGGUCAGCGGAGGUGAGCACCCAGCUGAGGUCCUGAUGCUGAACUGGACUUUCCUCCCAGAAGAAAGAGAAAUAGAGACCGACUCAGAGGAAGCCUCCUUAGAGAUGAAGAAGCCAGACUUGAAUGCCUCAAAGGAGCGAAAUGCCUGCCACGUCUCAGAGAGGUACAAGCAGGUCUACCUUCCGAUAACCUACAGCCUCAUCUUCAUCCUGGGCCUGGUCCUCAAUGGGGCUGUCCUCUGGCUCUCCUGCUGCCAAACCAAGCCCUGGAGCUGCGCCACCAUCUAUCUGAUGAACCUUAUGGUGGCCGACCUGCUUUAUUUGUUGAGCCUGCCUUUCCUCGUCGUCACCUACUCGGUGAGCGACACCUGGUUAUUUGGGGAGAUGCUGUGCAAGUUAGUGCGAUUCCUGUUUUACGCCAACCUCUACAGCAGCAUCCUGCUGCUGACCUGCAUCUCCCUGCACCGCUUCCUAGGUGUGUGCCACCCGCUGAGCUCGCUGCCUUACCGGACUCGCCGGCGUGCCUGGCAAACAGCUGCUGCCACCUGGACCCUGGUGGUCCUCCAGCUUCUCCCCACACUGGUGUACUCCCGCACGAAGAAUGUAAAUGGCCGGGCGAUCUGCUACGACACAACCAGCCCAGAGAAUUUCGAUCGCUUCUUCGCCUAUGGCGUGGUUCUGACAUUCUCGGGUUUCCUUCCCCUCCUUGAUCAUUCUGGUGUGUUACUCUCUGAUGGUCAGAAGCCUGACUUCUCCAGUGGAGGCUCUCCCAGAGACAGGCUACAUAACCCGUGCCAAGUCCAUUCGGACCAUCCUGUUGGUGUGCAGCCUCUUCGCCCUCUGUUUUGUGCCCUAUCACAUUGCCCGAUUCUUCUACUUCGUCACCCGCUUCCGGAACUCAGGGGACUGCGAACUCCUGUGGGCAGCCAGCUUAGCCUACAAGAUCUGCAGACCCCUGGCCAGCAUGAGCAGCUGCUUCAAUCCCAUCCUGUACUCCUGUCACGGGGCAACAACAGAGCCCAACUCCUCCAGAAGCUGAGACAGAACAAGGUGGGUGAGCAUCCCCCGGUGUUGUGGAAGGGGCACCUAGGGUUAGGCAGAUCUGGGCACUGCCAGGAUGAAGUCUGGAAAGAGAGAGCUGGACCCAGAACGGAGCUGGUUCUAACAGGAGAAGGACCUCUUCCUACUGCUGACACCCAGCACCGGUCUCUACAGCAGGGCCCUGCAGAGCACUGCUCAGCAGACAGAGGCUGA